AUGGUUGAUCCAACAACAAACACGUUCCCAGUGCUGCCAGAGGAGCUUCGAAAGAAACUAAGAACAGCUCAUGCAACUUAUAAUGUUGACUUUUUAGAUCAAGCAAAGCAAUUAUUAAUUCGUCGACAGAGAUUUGAAGAUCGAAGAAGAAAGAGAUUAGAGACUCGAUUUGCCAAAGGUUCAGAUCACAUCAUAUCAAAGACACCUGUUCUGAUCUCUAAAAAGAGGCGGAUGAGAGAUCCAAUCCAACUGGUUCAUCGUAAAAGACUACCUCCUCAACCAAGAUGCAGUGAAUGCAAUGUCAGACUAGAUGGUAACUUAGAAACAUCACCGUUAAGUGCUGCAGUUCUUGAACCAAAAAGCACAGUCGUAUCUGCCCCAGUCUGCGUUGGAUGUGAUAGAUUAUAUACUCUUGCCUCGAAUGAAGAAGAGAAGCAAAAUAUAACAAGGUGGAUUGUUACCGGGCAACUCCCCAAAAACGUAGAGGUAAAACUUCUUAAACCUAUUGAUCAAUUUAUGAGCGUUGAAGCAGCAGCAGAAGUGCUUUUGACGCAAGCUGAAAGCUUUUACGACAUUGCAGCAGGACCCCUUCCUGUACUUUUUCACCAAGAUGAGUUGAGGCAAUUAUAUAGAGAAAAUGGUUGUAAAGAUAGUAUAUUGAAGCAUGAGAUAUACUGGCCAGCUGCAUUAGAUGGAGCAGCAACAUAUGCACACAUAGAGUUCGAUAACGUUCAACCUCUUUGGACAUUGACAAAUGAUGAUGACUUUUAUUCCAUCAAAAAUAUGCAAAUCAUGAGCAAGGCAUUAAAGACAGUAAAGAAAAAUAGCCGUUUAGACGAACUUGAGCAGUGGUUAAAUGGUUUUCUUCAUACUAAAAGACAAAUGCAAACGUUACGCGAGUAUACCUAA